AUGCCUUCACUCAAAUCAUCGCUCUUCUACUUUUUGACUAAUUCCUUCACAUUAUGGCCUGAAGCAUAUAGUUGUGAUGAAUCGAUGGUGAAUUCAGGGACAAGAUGGCCAACUUAUGCAAUCUACCUGGUUGUUUCUGGAGGCGCUCUUUUAACUUUAUACAUCCCAUGCUACAUUGCAAUACUGUCUUCGAAAUCUCGAACACCUACCUACCGAUUAAUGAUAAUACUUGGGGGUUUGGACUUAAUGACUCUAAUCUUAAGCUCCUUGAUGACAGGAUAUUUCGCUUUCUAUGGAGUCUCGUUUUGUCAGCAACCUAUUUUCCUGUUUAUAACGGGAAGUUUCAUCAUUGGAUGUUGGGUUUCAAAUUGCGUCGCGAGUAUUCUUAUGGCGAUGGAUCGUUGCGCAGAAGUGGAUCCUCACUUCCCAUUGGCUUUUCUUUUUGGCAAACGAAUAUUUAUUAUUGUGAUUUUUGUAUUGCUUUGUUAUGGGAUUUAUGUCUCCGUAUUCACUCAGCCAAUCAUAUUUUCUCCUGAAUACGCAAGCUAUCUGUUCGAUCCUUUGAUUGGCAAAAAUCCUGAUUUUUAUCAAAAUUAUACCAUAUUGGUACACAAUGCUGUAACAUGUGUUUUGACAACAGGAAUAUAUUUUUAUUUAUGUUACUAUUUGAUAUUUAAGUUUGGAUAUUCAACAUCAAUGUGGCUAUACAAGUCCAAAAGACAAAUAAUUGCACAGGGUGUCAUUUUAAGCUUUUUCCACGCAGCAACAGCUAUCAUUUACGAGUACAUUCUGUUUGUUAACCCUCCACAAUGGCUCAUCCUGGCCGCCCAUAUUUCUUGGCAGUGUAGCAGUGGAUGUCUUGGAAUUGCAUAUUUGACAUUGAAUCGGACAAUACGAAAUUCGGUGGUCAAGAUGCUCAUCCCUAAAAAGAUCAGAAAACACUUCGGUUGGUAUAUUGGAGCCGAUGAGCACGUUGCGUUGGAGCAAGCGGGGAACACUGCUGGGGCAGUUCUUAACGUAGCAGGAGUGGUCGUCAAGCUGGAUAAUUACUUACAGAAUUAA